AUGGGUGUGAUUGAACACAACCCUAUAGUGUAUCCAGGGGAAGGACAGACCAUGGAGAUAUUGAAUUGGUUCGGAUGGAUGUUGAGGGAGGAGGUCAUAUUGAUGCCUCCUUUUGACGAGUGUCUUAUCUUACUAUACAUUGUUUUCCUCAUGAAUGUCCUCAUAUGGAACUGUAAGGGAGCUUUGAAGCCCACCUUCCAAAGUCAUGUUAGAGAAUUGAUUCGGAUCCAUAACCUGGCUAUUCUUGUCUUGAUGGAAACAAAAGUUGGUGGUGAGAGGGCCAGAGAAAUUACUAACCGACUCCUUUUUGAUAGUGUAAUCCACACUGACACUAUCGCUCCUAGAAGUGCCGAAAGGCACAUUUUAUGGAAUAAUUUAAAUAAAGUCGCAGAGCUUCAUGAUAUGCCGUGGUUCCUUGCAGGUGAUUUCAAUGAAACUCUUAUAACUGAGGAUAAGUUCGAGGGUAGAACUGUUGGGGUUAGUAGUUCUUUGCUGUUUAAGGAGUGUCUGGACAAUUGCAACAUGAUUGAUAUUGAAUUCUCUGGUCUGCGUUUCACUUGGACAAAUAAAAGAGAAGUCCAUGCUCUAAUUCAAGAAAGAUUAGACAGAUUUUUCGUUAAUCCUAGCUGGUGCUUACUCUACCCGGAUGCUAGAGUUAUGCAUCUCACUAGGUGCCACUCGAAUCACUGCCCUGUCAUGCUUGAUAUGCUCUCAAGAACAAACACUAGGAGAGCUAGACCUUUCAACUUCCAAACCUGUUGGUUGAUUGAUCCCACUUUCCCAAGCAUUGUAACACAGGCUUGGAGACAGCCUCAUAACCUUGGGGAGGCAAUUGAUCUCUUUUCAAAGAAUUCCACCGAGUGGAAUAGAAAUCAUUUUGGUAAUAUCUUUGUUAAAAAGAAGAGUAUUAUGGCGAGAUUGAACGAUAUCCAAUGGGUUGUAGCUUCUAAGCCUUCAAAUUUCCUCCUAAACCUUGAGAAAGAUUUGGUGAAAGAACUUGAUACGAUUCUAAGUCAAGAAGAGGAAUUUUGGGCUCUCAAAUCUCGAGUUAAAUGGAUGAUACAAGGGGAUAGGAACAUCACUUUCUACCAUGUCUCAACCCUAGUGCGAAGGAAAAGAAACUAG